UGCAAAAUUUGGGCUACCGAUAUCACAUGCUGAAAAUUCCAUACUUUUACCAAAAAUAUGGUGUGGAAUCAAGCUAUAACAAAAAAAUAGCAACAAAGUCAUAGAAAUGUAAAUGUCGUCAGCACUUGAACUUCAAAGAGAGCUCAACAUAACCAUCUGAAUAAAAUAAGUGGGAAUGCUUUAAACGGUUUUAUUCGAAGCAGUACUAACUUGAUUUAAUCAUGCAAACAGUGAAACUGGAGUUAAGUGUAUUUGAUUGAGUAAAGUGCUAAAUAAGAACAUUCUUGAGGAUUUCCGGAAAUACCAUUCUUCUUGUUUUAGUGUUGAAUUAGCCUUAAAUUCUAGAGUAAGAGGAGUAGAACUCACCGCUAGACAGCUGAAACAGGGUAGUAUGUAAACCAACCUAUUAGUGAAUAUUCUUCAUAUAUUUUCAGGGGUUGUCAGGGACUCGUCUUUUUGGACUGCAGUCACAGUAGUUAUUAUCUGUUUUGUUACCCAUAUAUGGCUCUCAAUGUUUAAGUUAACUGUGCAUCACUAGUCAAAAUUAAUUAAAUUAGAAAUAUGAGGUUUGACACUUUUGUUGGGCUUCAAAUAAUAAAAUGGACAAAAUAUAUUCCGACCAAGUCUUAAUUCUUAAGGUCUUAGAGUAAUACCAAUACUUCAAUCAUCUUAUUUGCAGGCACUCAAAAUAUUUUCAUCUUUUAAUCAUUCUGUCUUUAUCGUGAAGUCCAAUGCACCAUUUAUCUCAAAUACAAUCUGACCGACACCUCUAGGUAUACCUCCAAUUUUUACCACUUUUUGGACAAUACUCUAAGUGAAGACAGUGGUUGAAACUUCUGUGACAAAAGCUGUGCUGUCUGGGUAAAUUUUGCCCUUUUGCUUAAUAAGUAUCCUCUUGAAAAUUUGCAUAAGUUGUUUAUCUAAUUCACCUCUAGUGACAUUAGUGUAAUAAUCUUCUUUAUUUUAGUUGAGUCUGAUGCGCUUGAGUUCCUAUCCAUGUUUUAUUCGUUUGGCGCAGAAUUUACAAGUUCAAUCAUGUAAACUAUUCUCUACAGGACAAAAUUUACAACCAACAGUGGACAAUGCAGCUCCUAACUGGAUUUCUGUUUCUGGACAUUCUACAGUAAAAGAUUCAUGGUACAAUUUAACUCCGCAUAUUAUUGAGUUAACAAAACGAUCAUUGCAUAAUCAACAACAUCAUCCAUUGAAUUUAAUUAAACAGCGUAUUGUCGACUUCAUGUUUAAGCGUCAUGUUCGUCAUAAAUGCGAUGAUGGUCACAAUGGGACACCAUUAUUCAGUCUAUAUGAUCAUUUGUCACCAGUGGUAACAGUACGACAAAAUUUCGACAGUCUUCUAAUCCCACCAGAUCAUCCAAGUCGACUGCGUACAGAUACUUAUUAUUUGAAUGAAACAACCGUCCUACGUAGUCAUACAUCAGCGCAUCAACUAGAUUUACUCAGUUCCGGUUUGAAUGCUUUUCUUGUUGUCGGUGAUGUUUAUCGACGUGAUGAUAUUGAUUCAUUGCAUUAUCCUGUCUUUCAUCAGCUAGAAGGUGUUCGACUGUUCACAUCAGAUGAAUUAUUUCGAAAUGCUAUUGAUCCCAGUCAUUGUCUUCGUCUAUUCGAAGAUAUUCCAUCCUCUUCACCGUAUAAUCAACCAGAGAUUCAUCCAUUCAAAGUUUAUCCAUCAUAUACACUUCCGUGUGAUAAACAACCAGGGCAUACAACAGAGACAAAAAUGCUAUUGGAAUUCGAGUUGAAAACUGUUCUACAAGAAAUGGCUAAAUUUUUAUUUGGUCCAGACAUACAAUAUCGUUGGACUGAAGCAUAUUUCCCAUUCACACAUCCAUCAUGGGAAUUAGAAAUCAAAACAAAAUCUGGUUACUCCGGUGAUGGUGGCAUUGAAGAAUGGACUGAAAUAUUAGGAUGUGGUAUAAUGCGUCAAGAAUUACUAGAACGUUCUGGGAUACCCAACAAAGUUGGUUAUGCAUUUGGUUUAGGCCUGGAGAGAUGGGCUAUGCAGUUGUAUCAGAUCCCGGAUAUUCGACUAUUCUGGUCGAAAGACGAAGGCUUUUUGAAUCAGUUUAGAACAGAUGAUAUUCACGCGCCAAUCAAAUACAAGCCAGUUAGUAUAUUUCCUCCGUGUAUACUGGAUCUUUCAUUUUGGCUGAAUAAAUCAGAUAUAUUACCGUCAUCGCCUGGUCCUGAUGGUUCAGAUAAUGUAAAAGUAAUCGAGAGGAAUAUUUUUGACAUUGUACGCUCUGAGGCUGGGGAUUUAAUUGAACAAAUUCGUUUAGUGGAUUCCUAUACUGAUUCAAAAACAGGACGACAAAGUCUUUGUUAUCGUUUCAUCUAUCGUGAUCAACACAAAACACUGACAAUGGAUGAAGUACGACCAUUGCAUGAAGCUAUCGGUCAAGUUCUGGCUGAUAAGUUGAAUCUGUCGAUUCGUUAGUCCUACAAUUUCGAUGGUGACAUCAUAGUUAUUCUUUAUUUCAAUAUACUCUCUCCCUACUGAUUAUUGGUUGAUUAUAUAAUAAUAAUAAUCGAAAAUGGGGAUAAUAUUGAGAACUUUAAUUACUGUCAUCAUUUGUUGUACAUAUAUUUUUUCUUUAUUUUGUUCAUAUUUGCCUUCUUUUGUGAAGGAUCAUUUCCCUGUGUAGUUGAACUCCUCCUUUUCCCUGUUUCCCUACCCUCCGCGCGAAAUACGAUUCAUCCAUGGCUUGUUGUAUGACACACAGCUGAUAUUAAUGUGAAUGUGUUAUUCAUUGAUGCGGGGAGUAUUGUUUCUGUGACCAAAUAUUGUUUGUUUUUUCAUUUCUCUGCUAACCUGUGGAUAUUCAUCUUCAUGCACACAUGCCUACGUACAUUUGAUUUUGUCUUAAUUGUGCCUAGUGCAUGCAUAUGCU